AUGAAGCCUUUCUAUCGCGCAGCAGUGAGAGGCCGGUGUGUCCCGUUGACAACAACACGACAAUACGCUUCAACUCCCCGGCUGUUUCAACCCACUGCCCUUCAUCGUGCUGAAGCCGCUGCCGACCUGAAAGCGCAUCCCGAAAGUCAACUCACGCAAGAAAAACUCCCGGAUAAGGAGCACAGUCAUCACUGGGACGACGCGAAUGCUACGCCGAGUGAAGCUGAUGUAUGGCCACACACUGCAAGGGGAUGGGAUAAUAGCACUGACGAGCACCUGGUAGAUCAAAGC